AUGUCCACUCAGUUGGAAAGAAGCCUGCAGCUGGAAACUUCACACAAACUUGAUGCGGCCAAAUCGGAGGAGUUUUCUGGCGUGACGACGACUGAUGGAUGCUCGGAAGCGCACGGCAGUCCGGUGCUGACCUCCGGGCGCGGUGGAGAUGACAAACCCUCGCAUCAGGAGAAGCCCCUCAAGAUGACCCGGAGUCCUAAAUGCGCCCGCUGCCGGAACCACGGCGUGGUUUCGUGCUUGAAAGGCCACAAACGUUUGUGCCGCUGGAGGGACUGCGGCUGUGCCUGCUGCCAGCUGGUGGUGCAGCGGCAGCGCGUCAUGGCUGCACAGGUUGCGCUGAGGCGGCAGCAGGCUGCGGAGGUCAGGGGGGCGAUGUCAUGUCAGGGUAAGAGGAGCGCCAAGUGUGCGUCUCAAAUGCAGAGAACGCCGUUUCCUCGCUUGACUGCUGAGGCGGAAGAGGAACACAUGCUGCAGACCAAGAGCCUCCUGCAGGCCCUUCAACCUGCGACACCACCAGAGGAUGACACUUCCUGUCACUCACAGCACACUUGGCAUGACCACACCCACUUCACAUGUCCCUCCAUCAGCGCCCGUAUGAGAAAGAGACGAGCUUUCGCUGACAAGGAGCUCGAGAACGUGAUGCUGCAGCGAGAGAUCCAUCAUAGAGAACUCCAGAAUGACAUUUCUUUGUCCUACUCCACCUUCCUUCCCAGGCUUCAUCCACUGCUUACACCCGUCACUCCGAGAUUGCAUUCGUUCAACAAAGCCACCUCAUCUGCAGGAUCAGGCAGCCAUGUGUGUGAACGAUUUAAGCCUCUGCAUGACUGUGAUUUCCACUUCUAUCAGUGCUUCCAUUUUAAGAGCACAGAAACCGACUGUGGUAACUUCCAGAUCUACAAAAGCUCAGGUCAAAGUAGGGAUACGAAUGCCUGGAAUAGCUGUGAGAAGAAAGAGCCAUCAGAGCUGAUACCUUCGCCUUCACUACUCAGUCUCAAACACCAUGGCAGGACUUUGUCGGGUGGUGACCUUGUCAAAGCUCACUCAAAACCAGCAGAUAUUCAAGACUCAAAUGUCACAUGCUCUAUUUUUGUAUCAGAUCAGAAGAUCCUGGACUUGCCAAAUGUCAGAGCCUUCAGCAGGACCUUUGAUCCGUUAGCGCUGACAGCUAGAGGCUGGUGUGCCGGCACUCCUGCCACCCUGGCACUUCCCCGUGAAGACUCUGUGAAGAGCCCUCAUGGCAGCUCAGCCAGGACUCCAGCUGUGAAGCCACUACCCUUCUCCGUUGAGGCUCUGCUGAGAGCCUGACAAGCCAAAGUGCUGGGAUUUGUUUAUGUGCAGAGCUCACUUUGACAUAUGGACUAUACAAACAAAAAUGCUAACAUGUAUUUCACUGACAAGCUCUGGUUUCCAUUAACACGAGAACGGCACACGGUAGAGUCCAGACCAGGAAGAUAAACUAAUCCUUAUUGGAAUCAGAGUUAAAUGUUAUUCCAUGAGAACUUACCUCCUACUUAUGCCUUGAAGAAGCAUGCAUUAUUCACCGAUUUGAGGAAAAUGUCAAAACCACAUUACUCAGAAUGAAAGAUUUAUACCAACAUGUUAUAAAGGGUUGUCCUUGGCUCAUGCCGCAACCCUCCAAAAGUCUUGUGAAAACCAAAGGUACUUUGAAUGAUGGUACAUGGAAACCUGUGUUGUGCUUAGGAAUGGGUACCAAAUUUGGUAAUUUUAAAGGCAUCAAUCGAAUCCCGUAAAAAGUAUGUAAAAUCAAAUGGUGCCAUAUUUCAAUACUUUUGUUCCCCUUCACGUCACGUCUGGAUGCAGACUCCACACCGGCUCAAACACUUGGCGAGUUAACAAUUACUCAAGCAACGCUCAGAAGUUUGCCUCUUGGUAACUUUUUCAUGUCAACAAAGCAAGUGUGCCUGAUAGAAAAUGCUCAACCAAAGUAAGGCUCUGUAUUACAUGCGAUUACUCCAAAUUUGAUAAUGGAAUCUACAACUAAGAUGCGUAUUACAAUCAAACAGCAAGUGUGUAAUAAAUACUUUACAAACACUUCAUAGGGCAUAAUAUAAGACAGGACUGGCACAUUUGUGACAAAGACUACGUCCUAGUUAGGCAACAUACUGUAGUAGUCUAACCACUGCUGCCAUCUAACGUCUUGGAAUUGUAACUGCAUGCAAAGUAUACUAUAAAAUAACCUGCAAA